AUGCCUGUCCCAAAGCACAUCCUCAACCAGAUCAAGACCAUAAUCCCCCCUCUCAACGGCUCCUUGCACAAAGGCCAGUCAGGCCGCGUCGGUGUCUUGGGCGGCGCCCUCGACUAUACAGGCGCGCCCUUCUUCGCGUCGAUAUCUGCCCUGCGCAUAGGUGCCGACCUCUCCCAUGUCAUCUGCUCGCCUACCGCCGCUGGGGCCAUCAAGUCGUACUCCCCAGACCUCAUCGUACACCCCAUCCUCCGUGAAGACCAAACUACAGAACAGCUCAGACCGGCACUCGACUCCCUCCUCUCGCGCCUCCAUGUGCUCAUCGUCGGCCCCGGACUCGGACGCGAGGACUACAUGAUCAAGUACGCGAAGCUCGCGGUCACGAUCGCGAAGGAGCAGGGCAUGUACGUCGUGCUCGACGCGGACGCGCUCUGGAUGAUCGGCCAGGACCUCGCGCUCAUCCGCGGGUACCGCCGUGCUGUGCUCACCCCGAACGUGAUGGAGUUCAAGCGCCUCAGCGAGAACGUCGACAUCGACCCGAAGAUCCCACCGGAAGAGCGCGCGAUGCACGUCUCGCGCGCGCUGGGCGGCGUGACCGUACUAGAGAAAGGCAGCUCCGACAUCAUUUGCACGAAUACCGGUGAAGCCGGCAGGGAGCAGGCGGAACUCAACAAGAUAUCCGAAGGCGAAAGCACGGAAGAACGCGUCGUCGUAGACGUCCCGGGCGGUCUCAAGCGGUGCGGCGGCCAGGGCGACAUCCUGAGCGGCACCGUCGGCACGGUCAUGGCCUGGGGCAAAUGCUUCGAGUCCGGCGCGUUUGGAGAUGGCUCUAUCCCCCCAUCUCGCAUCCCGCUCCUCGCGGCGGUGGCUGGGUCUAUGGUCACCCGAACAGCAUCGCGACGCGCGUUCAGCAAGAACGGCAGAGUAGGCGUCGUAACGCAGGACAUGAUCCCAGAGAUCGGCGGCGCCUUCGCCGAGGUCUUUGGCGAGGGCGAGAAGGGCUGGGGCGCGUCGACGAGCGGAGGAAAGCUCUGA